CUGGCGGUAGUGUUGCAUUCACGAACAAGUCGGAAAGGUAAUUGAACUUCCUAAGACUGACGAUAUAUAUGUUGAAACUAUAACGUCGAUUACUUCAUUAAGUUCGUGAGUAUUUUGUAGCGUCUUUGGUUGAACUUAUUUGGACUUAGACGGGCCACGAUGUUUUUCUUUGUUUUGUUUUUGUGAGUUUAGCGGCUUGCUACAGUGGCUAACAAUCAACUGCGAACAAAACUACUGACAGCAAAGGUCGACUAGGGGGAAUACUAUGGCCGCGGACAACGAAAUAGACAUUAAGGAUGCCUUUCAGUGCGCCCAAAAGGGACACAGCAACAAGGCGAAGCUGGUGGCGAGCCUGAAGAACCGCUACAACAAACUGGAGGACAAGACCUUGUUCCACGAAGAGUUUAUCAGCUACCUGAAACAUGCCAUGAUUGUUUACAAGCGCGAGCCCACAGUGGAAAACGUCAUUGAAUUUGUAGUCAGAUUCAUCACAAGUUUCCAGCCUCCUCCUAAAACUGAUGAAGAGCAAAAGGAGGAAGAUGAGGAGGACGAUCAUCCAUUUUUUAGUUUCCUUUUCAACUUCUUGCUGGAGUCUCAUAAGGCCAACAGCCAUGCGGUGCGCUUCCGCGUGUGCCAACUCAUCAACAAGCUGCUCGGCAGCAUGGCGGAGAGCGCUCAGAUCGACGACGAUCUCUUCGAUCGCAUCCAUCAAGCCAUGCUGGUCCGUGUCACUGACAAGUUUCCCAAUGUGCGCAUCCAAGCCGCCUUGGCCAUGACCCGACUGCAGCAGCCAACUGAUCCUGAUUGUCCCACCCUCAAUGCUUACAUGCAGAUUCUGGAAAACGACAGUAAUGCAGAGGUGCGACGGGCUGUCCUCUCCUGCAUUGCUGUGUGUCCUCGCACCCUCUCAAGAGUACUCAAACGCACCCGUGAUGUGAAAGAAAAUGUCCGCAAACAAGCCUACCAGGUUCUGGCUGACAAGGUUUACGUUCGAGCUCUAUCCAUUGCACAAAGAGUGAGUUUACUGGAGCAGGGACUCCACGACACAUCAGAAGUAGUAAAAGAGGUGGUUUGCACCAGUCUACUACCUGCCUGGCUCCGUGGACUGGAUGGAAAUGUCGUGGCGCUUCUCCACAAGCUUGAUGUGGAGAAUUGUGACGAAACAGCUUUGGAAAUGCUGACUGCCAUUUUCAAAGGCAUGGACGCUGAUGAUCUGCUGCAGAACAGAAUUCAGUUGAACAACAGGAAACUGAUCCCAGUGGAGUGCCUGACAUGCGAGAAUGUUCUUUACUGGCGAGCACUGUGCAAGUUCAUCAAGGAUAAAGGCGACGACGGUGACGAAAUGUUGGAGCAGGUCUUGCCGGAUGCUGCCACUUACGCCGAGUACCUCUAUGAGUAUCUGAAGGUGGUUCCGGCGCUGUCAGAGGAGCAGAGAGCAGACUUGACCCAGCUGGAGUUGGUUAUGACCAAGGAUUUUAUCUCUCAGCAGCUCAUCCAUCUCAUCGGUUGCCUGGACACCAAUGAGGAGGGUGGCAGGAAGCGAGUUCUGGCUGUGCUGCAGGAUAUGUUGGCCCUGCCGCGGACGCCCUCCUCGCUGAUUCCCUUGCUCACCGAGAAGCUCCUCACACUCGUGCUCGAUGACCAGCGACGCAUUCAGACCGUGGCAGAAAUAAUCUCGGAUGUGCGGGCGCCAAUUUCAGAAGCAAGUCAACCGGUGGACGAGAACGUCAGCCGUCGCCAGCAAGUUCAGUUAGCAGAGGUGAAGGUGAGAAUCAUGGAGGCUAAGCAAGCCCUAGAGGAGAGCAUCGCCGCUCAGGACUUCGGCCGCGCCGCCGAGUUGAAGGAGUCCAUCACAGAGCUGGAGAACCAGCGCAACAAGGUCCUCGAGGAGAUCGCAGCGAUCACCCAACCAACUUGCACCGAGAUCCGCACUGAGAAGAACGACCCUGAGACUCUAUUGAGGUGUCUGACAAUGUGUGCUGAGCUGCUCAAGCAGAUGAAAACCAAGAAUCGAAUCAGCCCCACCAUAAGCGCCUUAAUGUCCUCACUGAUCCUGCCUAGCAUCGCAAGUGCUCACCCCAGUGUCCGCAGCAUGGCCGUGCUUUGUCUGGGCACAUGCGCUCUACACAGCAAGGAGCUUGCCAACACCCACAUGGUGCUUCUGCUACAGAUCGCCCAACUCGAUGAGGUCAAGAUUCGCAUCAGCGCUCUGCGAGCAGUCAUCGACCUGCUUUUGCUGUUCGGCUUCCAGCUGCUCUCUGAAAGUGGCAGCGGUCAGAAGACUCAGCUCCCGGGAUCACCGGACCAGGGGGAGGAGGAGCAGGAGGAUGAGGAGAAAGUGGCAGCACAGAAGGAGGAGGACACCGCUCAGAGCAUUUUGGUGAUGCUGUCAGAGCUCCUAGACAGUGAGAUGUCCGAACUGCGCACGGAGACAGCUCAGGGUCUGGCCAAACUGAUGUACAUGGGCCGCAUUUCCAGUUCCAAGAUCCUGUCGCGCCUGAUUCUGCUGUGGUAUAACCCAGUCACUGAGGACGACGUUCGUCUUCGAAGCUGCCUGGGUGUCUUUUUCCAGCUCUAUGCCCGCGAGAGCAGAGCCCACCAGGAAGUCGUGGAGGAGAGUUUUCUUCCAACCAUGCGUACGCUGAUGAAGGCCCCCGCCACUUCUCCAUUAGCUGAGGUGGACGUUAGCAACGUGGUGAAGCUUUUUGUAGAACUGACCCAUCCAAGUUCCCUCAUGAAGCCGUCUGCCAACACUGAGGAAGUGGGCGUCCAUGACUACUUGGCGGUACGCAUGUGCGGUGAGAUGCUACUAGAUCCGACUGCUCCCGAGGUGCGCCUCUACGCCAAGACGCUGAGCUACCUGGAGCUAACCGGGAACGAGAUGGUCAGGAAGGACCUGCUGUCACUUUUGCAGCAGCUCAUUCAGGUGGUGAAGGACCGUGUCUGUCUCCGUGCCUUGGAGAAGAUGAUUUCUCAACUGAGGGCUUCGAAAGAGCAAGCCGAGCUCGUCAACGCCUCAGCGCUGCAGCCAGUUGAUGUCAAUGCGGACGAAACUGUAGCCGACGAGCCAUUGAAGGCUGCCAAGAGAAGCAGAAAAGGUCAAAGGAAGGCCUCAACUGCCAAAGGAGGCAAAAAGCCCAGCAGAAAGGCAGAGUCCUCAGAGGAAAGCGAUGGAGAAAAUGUUCCCGACUCAGUUCCUGCAACGCGACCUUCUCGUAGGGCCAAGAUUGCAGCUAUAGAGAAGACAAAACUGGAUCUUAAUCCACUCCUCAACCAGGAAGCCAAUCUUUCUUAACUGUCCUGCAAAGUUGGCUUCUGUUGAAUUAUUCCCCAAGUCCUCCCAAAAUACAGCAGGCUAGGGCACAUUUUAAAUAUAUAUAUAGUCUUAUGAGCUUGCAUUUGCUAAUUUGUAACUGUUUUUACAAUAAAGGUCAGAUUUGUGUA